UCUGUUGUCAGUCCAAAAUACCUCACACUCUAUCCAAAUUCUCAGCUCUCAGAGACUCUCGAACUACAUAAAUUCAUAGGAGAUGCCUCCCAGCCCCAAGCACCGCGAUGUGGCCCAGUUUCUGAGCAAGAUUCGUGACUUUCUCCUGGGCCGCAGACACAAGACGGCCCACCGCUUCGCGGACACGAUGUCGCCGCGCACUCAGCCCCAGCCGGACAUUCCGUCCGGCCCGUUUCGACGUCUGUUCGGCAACUAUUACUACACGAGGGAUGCACGGAGCGGCGUCAAGCCCACCAUCGACGUUGUCCAGCAGCGAAAGGAUAUGCUGGCCGCCAAGGCGAAGGCCAAGGCUGCGGCCAAAGCGGCGGCCGAGGCACCCAAGGUAGCGCCAGCCCAGCCGGGAGGGAAGCCUCCGCCACCCACACCCACACCCACACCCCCACCGCCGAAGCCGCCAAGCCCACCAAAGGCAGGUGGCGAUUCCGAUUCCGGGUUCAAGACCCCUCCCUCUCCCGGAAAGAAGCAUGCCUGGGACGGAUCGGCAAACUAUAGAAAUUCCUGCUGAAUUCUAAUUGAGUCCCCGUCUCCGCUCGGACUUAAUUACGGAAUCUUAGGCGCUGGGGGAGACGGAAUCGACGGAAUCGACCGGACAAUCGGCUCACAAUGCGGCGGGUCAUAAAAAAUGUAAAUCUAAUUAAAUGUCCGCUCUGGAAAAUCAUU